GUCGCCUCCCUCCCCACAUAGACUGCAAAGAAUGGCGGAAAAGGACCAGCGUCCACGAGAGGAAGAAGAGAAGGAAGAGGAGUCAAAUGCCGAAUCGGAGCCUGAAGCAUCCGGGGACUCCGACGACGGCGAUGACGACCGUGACUUCAACAUCGGCAAGGGCACAGCAAAGAACCACAUAAAGGGCCUGAUGAUGGUAGAGGGGACCACCCUGAGGUGCAACUGGCUUGACCCUGCACUGAUGGAGGAUUACGUGAACUCUUUCGGGAAGAGGACCAAACCCGAUGUGGCCAAGGAGCCCGACGAGGCGGAUCUGAUCAAGUUGGAGGCUGCCGCCAGCACGACGGAGCGUCUUCAAGUGAUCGGGUGUCGGUACUCCCACGAAGUGUCCAGGUAUCACAAGGCUCAGCUUUCGCCCCUUCGUACGGCGGCCAUCACGAAGACAGUCUCGGACUCGCUGGCAAACCGCUUGGCGGUGUUGCGAAUCGACAACUUCCCCGGCUCCGGGGAUCCCGUCUUUGGUACACGACAUGAGCUGCGUAGAAGCUUCCGGGCCCCUGACUGCUUCGGGAAGCUUACGGAGGCCUUCAAAGGCAGCCAGUGCGGCCUCAAGAAGCUGACGCUGCAGGGCGGCUUCCACUCAGCACAGUCCAUUGCGAACUUCCUGCGUGUGACGCAGCCCCAUCUGCAGUCUUUCCGUUGCCGAGGAUGCCUCUUUCACGGGCGCAACUUCGAGAUGCUUGUUAAAUCGCUGGGCUCUGUGGCUGGGGAGAGCCUGCAGGAGUUCGAGACGGACGCCGCCAUCGGUGGCCAGGAUCCCUUCAGCCUGAUUGCGGACGCCUUUCCGAAGCUGCGGAUGCUGCGCGCCCCAAACAUCUUUGGGAAGGUGGACUACAAACUGGCCUUGAAGCGCUUGAAGAUGUUGCAGAGGAAGCAGUGCAAGCUCCCAGUGGAAAGCCACCGGCUCCGUGGGAAACCGGCCGUGGACACUGAGAAGGGCAUGGUCUACUGGUUUAUCACUUCCGAACACCAUGACGAUGGCCACCGUGGGCAGGGCUUGUGGUGGGAUGAAUGUAACAACACGAUGGAGUGCUGCGAGGAGUGGGCCGUCGGCAAGGGUGUGACAAAAGAGCUCUGUCUUCAGUUUAUGGCAGAGUGCGGCAUUGAGCUUGACAACAGUAUCGAUGACGAGGAGUGCGGCCUGGAUGACGGUUGUGAUGACGAUGUGGACUCGGAUGCGGAGCCAGACGCGAUCAUCGCGCAGCUGGAAGUGGCGGGUCCUUCUGAUGGCACGGUGACGCUCAAGGCAACUUCUCUUGACGGCAGGCAGAUUGCCGAGAUUGCCCUGGAGCCGAGCAAGACGCUUGUCAGAACGCUCGUGGAUGAGCUGGCUGGAAAGUACCCAUGCUCUCCAGUCGCAAUGCGCCUCAUCCUCCCCAACGGUUCUUGUAUUGCUGCGAUCGAGAAAGGCAACCAGUUGCUGGCGUCGGUGUUGGCCGGAUGA